GACAAGGAUGCUUUCUAUGUUGCGGACCUGGGAGACAUCCUGAAGAAACAUCUAAGAUGGCUAAAAGCUCUUCCCCGCGUCACUCCCUUUUAUGCAGUCAAAAGUAAUGACAGCAGAGCCAUAGUGAACACCCUAGCUGCAGUCGGGACAGGUUUUGACUGUGCAAGCAAGACUGAAAUCCAGUUGGUGCAGGGGCUCGGGGUGCCUCCAGAGAGGAUUAUCUAUGCAAAUCCUUGUAAACAAGUGUCUCAGAUCAAGUAUGCUGCCAGCAGUGGAGUCCAGAUGAUGACAUUCGACAGCGAGAUUGAGCUGAUGAAGGUCGCCAGAGCACAUCCAAAGAUCACCAGUGUGAUCAACCCAGCUCUGGACAAGUACUUCCCCCCAGACUCUGGGGUAAGAGUCAUAGCCGAGCCAGGCAGAUACUAUGUUGCAUCAGCUUUCACACUGGCAGUCAAUAUCAUUGCCAAAAAAAUGGUAUGGAAGGAACAGACUGGCUCUGACGAUGAAGAUGAGUCAAACGAGCAAACCUUCAUGUAUUAUGUGAAUGACGGCGUGUAUGGAUCAUUUAACUGCAUUCUGUAUGAUCAUGCACAUGUGAAGGCCCUGCUGCCGAAGAGACCCAAGCCAGAUGAGAAGUAUUACCCGUCCAGCAUUUGGGGACCAACGUGUGAUGGCCUUGAUCGGAUCAUCGAGCGCUGUAACCUGCCUGAAAUGCAUGUGGGUGAUUGGAUGCUCUUUGAGAACAUGGGUGCAUACACUGUUGCUGCUGCGUCUACUUUCAAUGGGUUCCAGAGGCCUUCUAUCUACUAUGUAAUGUCGAGGCCAAUGUGGCAACUCAUGAAGCAGAUCCAGAGCCAUGGCUUCCCACCAGAAGUGGAGGAGCAGGAUGUUGGCACUCUGCCCAUGUCUUGUGCCCAGGAG